GAGUCCUUUCCCUCUCCCCCAGUUGGCAGCAGCAGCCACUGCCAGCUCGAUCGUCGUCGUCGUCGUCGUCGUCGUCGUCGUCGUCCCCGAGAGAGAGAGAGAGAGAGAGCUUGCGAGGGAUGUACCGCUGGGGCUCGAUUGUUGUCGUCCACGUCGAGCAUAGCACUGCCGCGCCUAUACUGCAACGCAUUCCUGACGCGACUGUCGAUGAGCAGCAGUGCAGUGAUUCUUACUCUCGGCCGCUCUGUGUGCUUGCACUCGUAAGCUCGACGUAGUGCCGAGAAAGAGAGCAGGUUGUGCGCGGGUGCGAUACACGCAUACAUGUAAGAAUAAUGCGCGCGCCCGGAGGAGGUGGAGGAGAAGGUCAGCUCGGAGAGGACUGCUUCUGCUGCAGCAGCUGCGCCUCGGGCUGCAGGAUUCCAGUCGUCGGCCUCUCCACGAGGCUCAAGCUCGAUGAUGCGCUCACCUUAGAUGCUGCUGCUGCUGCCGCUGCUGCUGACUGGCGCUCGUCCGCCGGCGCGGGCGCUACUCCUCGGAAGCUCAUGCAGGCGCGGGCCAGUGAUGCUGCUGCGCGGCCUACUCUGACCUUGAUCCAGAUCUGGUGACGCGGCGGCGGCUAGGCUGCUGCUGAUGCGCGAUGACGAGGACCAGCGCCUCUAUGGAGUCCUCGCCGAGCAGACUCAUCGCCGGCGCGCUCCUGAUCGUCCUGGCACUCGCUGACCUGUCGCAUCGGGCCGCUUGUUUUUUGCAGAGUGGCUCGACGGAGUUAUCGGACAGGCUCGCGAACGUGACGCAAACGAUCUCGAGGAUCCUCGACGGCUACGAUAUUCGGCUGAGGCCGAAUUUCGGUGGCGAUCCUCUGUUCGUUGAGAUGGAUCUCACGAUAGCGAGUUUCGACGCUAUUUCUGAAGUCAAUAUGGAUUACACGAUAACGAUGUACCUCAAUCAAUACUGGAAGGACGAGAGGCUGGCUUUCUCGCACGAAAAGGAGAUUCUCACCCUCAGCGGCGACUUUGCCGAGAAAAUCUGGGUGCCGGACACCUUCUUCGCCAACGACAAACACAGCUUCCUGCACGACGUGACGGAGCGCAACAAGCUCGUGCGACUGGCGGGCGACGGCUCGGUCACCUACGGCAUGAGGUUCACCACGACGCUGGCCUGCAUGAUGGACCUGCACUACUACCCACUCGACUCGCAGAACUGCACCGUCGAAAUCGAGAGCUACGGCUACACGGUACUGGACGUGGUGAUGUCGUGGAAGGAGACGCCGGUACGGGGCGUCGACGAGGCGAAGCUGCCCCAAUUCACGAUAAUCGGCUACGAGACGAACGACCGCAAGGAGAAGUUGGCGACUGGCAUCUACCAGAGGCUGUCGCUCAGUUUCAAGCUACAGCGCAACAUCGGCUACUUCGUCUUCCAGACCUAUCUGCCGAGCAUCCUCAUCGUCAUGCUCAGCUGGGUCAGCUUCUGGAUCAAUCACGAGGCGACCAGCGCACGCGUCGCUCUCGGCAUAACGACCGUGCUGACAAUGACGACGAUAUCGACGGGGGUGAGGAGUUCUUUGCCGCGGAUCAGCUACGUGAAAGCCAUCGACAUCUACUUGGUCAUGUGCUUCGUCUUUGUGUUCGCGGCGCUGCUCGAGUACGCGGCCGUUAAUUACACGUACUGGGGCGCCAGGGCCAAAAAGAAGAGCAAGAAGAAGGAGACCGAGGAGAAAAAAACCAUCUGCUCUUCAAAGACUGGAAGCAAAGCGAGCUCCCCAUUUCCUGGCUCGACCGACGCGGACAUAAUCGAGCUGCAGGAUCUGCGACUAUCGCCGCUGCCCAGCAUCAGAAAUCGAUCGGGUCUGGCGUCGGGCGCAGCGACGCCCGGCGGACCGUCGUCCUCGGGAGCGAGGCUUGACCAGCUUCACGACCCCGGAAAGUUCCCACCGAGCUUCAGGAUCUCAAGGCCGCCGGGAUACAGCACCCACGCCAAGAGUCCUGGACUGCGUUAUCGGGGCACUCGGCAUCAGAGGCCGAAGGUCCUGCACGCGAUAAAGCGAGGAGCCUCGGUGCUGAAGGCCUCGAUGCCCAAGAUCAAGGAUGUGAACCUCAUCGACAAGUACUCGCGCAUCAUAUUCCCCGUGAGCUUCAUGCUCUUCAACGCCGGCUACUGGAUCUUCUACGUGCUGUGAGCCGAAAAAGAGGAAGCUACACGCAUAUACGUUGUACUCGUUACGUAUACUGAUACGCCGAGAGUGUCGCACACGUGGGGUCGCCUACUUAUCUCGAGUUUCGAAACGCGAGCAUAUGUAACCUCGGCUAUUGUGUACGAAUACAUAAAAAAAAAAAAAAAAAAUAAUAAAUGCGCGUUGCGGGGAGGGAGAAACGAACUUUCUGAUAAGGCGAUGAGCUCGUCUAAUGGAGUGUGUGUUUCCUGCUGCUUAUCGUGUGCUGCUUUACACUACUGGUGCGAUGACGAUUGGAGAAGAGAUACGAAUCCUUGGUGAUUUUUCUUCGAAGCUUCGAGAUGCGUACUUAUAUAUGAAUUAUUACAGUCGGAGGCUCGUUCGAUAGGCCAUCGGAACCAUAAAUUUCAGUUGUUGUGCUGUGCCGGAAGGCCGAGGCGAGUAUGUCUCUUUUUGCUUUGUCGAGGUGACUGAGUUCAAGUGCACACGAUAUAUACAAAUAGUACAAAUAAUUCGAGUUUUGCUUUUUAGGUACGAUGCGCUCGAAGCUCGAAGAAAAAUUAUCGAGGUGAUACGGACGGCGAUCGAGAAGCUUAUAUUAUGAAACGAUAUGGGAACACGUCGUAUAGUUGUAUAUCAGGGGCCAGUUCUAUGCGUUACGAGAGUUGUCCAAGUCUGUAUCUAAAGAAGCGGAUAUAAGGCCCUUCGCUUAUGUAUUUAAUAAAAAAAGAGAAAAAAUUAAAGCAAAUAAUGUUUUAAAAAAAAGUGAAGCCCGACGAGUCGCAUAAUGUUAUACGGGACACUGCACGACGACGACGCAAGUGUGCGCAUGUUGUAUGUCGAAAGUACUCAAUUAUUAUUAUAAUUGAUUUGAUAAUAGAGCAGGUCGCGAUGACUCGCCGUAUACCGUUUGACAGCUGAAUUUUUCGCCUUCGAGCUAAACUUGAACGCUAUGCAUAAAAGACACAAUGUUGUUCAAGCUGCUUUGCGAAUGUAAAAAAGAAAUGGCGAGCAGUGGGAAAGGCACUAUUGUUAUUUCCAAAUAGUAGCGUGUAAUACAAGCAAGGGGGCUCGAGCCUAUAAAGAUAAGCUAUCGGCACACGCUGAUUUCAUUUAUUGAAUGAUUCGAUCGUAAUACGUGUGUCAAGAAUGCUGAAUAAAAUGCAAACCUACAUACUCCGAUAAAUGAAAAGUCGCAAUAACUCGAUUCAGCAAGUGUCGAUGUGUGUAAUAAUAGCGCGACGGUUUUCUUUUUCUUACGAUAGCGUUAUAUACUUAUAUUGAAACUCGGAUGAGAUUUAUGGAGAAGCUUUUUAUUGCUAUCAAGCAUUUCAUUCUUUUCAUUUGUUUUGCCGAGUUAGCAAAGAAAAUUUCACUGAACAAUAUAUUUCAUUUAUCGCAGAUUUACGGUGUGUCGAUCGAAUCUGACUUAAUCAAAAAGUACUACACUUUCGAAAUCGAAAGUUCAGCUGUCAAAGAGUAUUUUUUAUCCAGCCCUGAUUAAAAAGCUGCCAUAAGAAACAAUUAUCGCGUCGUUCGCGAAUAUUGAUGUGUCGUUAAAAAAAAGUACAUGAAAGACAAAAAUACUCAGAUUUUAAAAAACCGUAGAAUCGAUGAACGAAUAUUUAAUGAAAAUAAAAAACGACUCGUUUCAGAAUUGUACGUCUAGAGAACAAUAUAUAAAAGCUUUGACGCAUAUGAGCAUUUCAUUGCUUCAUUUGGAUGUCGAUACAUAAUGAAAACAGUUUUAUUUAUAUGUGCCAAAUCACAGUGACGAAUCCCUAACUAACCAAAUUUCAAAUAUACAGCGGUAUCUAUGUAUAGUAGCAGAAAAUUUUGUAAGAGUAACCGGAAAACUCACUUGUGUGUCAAUAAUUAGUGAGAAACAAACGUAGGAUUUUGUUUAUAUGCUUGUGGAAGAAUAACGACAGCUUUUCAUUAGAAACAGGUAUAUGUGAUUUGUCAUAUGAAAUGUUCAAGUACAGUAAUUAUAAAGCAUUGUGUUGUCAUGGUUGCUGAUGUGUAUUACAUCGUGUAUUCGAAACCUUGCAUUUUUAAUGAUAUCAUACAUAUAGGAGAAGAAUAAUUUCAAGAUCGAUAAAUUUUUAUAAGAAAAUUCCGAAGUUUAUUGUAGGGUUUACAUUUUUACAAAGAUUAUACAACUUUUGAUGGAGAUUAUACUGAAAAUUAUUUACUAAUAACGUUUGUGUUGAAAGGUGUUAAGUACGAUGCCAAAUGUUUGUUAGUAGGGCUGAAAUUUCAAAUCUAUACAUGAAAGUCUUUUUUACUUACAAAAGGCAUACGUGUUUUAAAACCUUAUAUAUAUAUAUAUAUAUAUUAGUUAAUCACACCUCGGAGGUUGGCAUUAAAGAUUUCAAAUCAAAAUAGCAAUUGAGCCGAACGAUUCAACAAUCUGACGCGGAAUAUAUCAUUUUACUCCACUAAAUUUUUUCUUAAAAACACGUACGUCUAUUUAGUUUCACGAGACAAACCAAUGCCAUCGAAUACAGGAAGAGAAACAAAAAAAAACCUAUACUUUUCGAUGAAAUUCGAAAUUCGCAGGACUCAAAGUUCUGAAGCGAGACGUCUAUAUAUAACAAAAUAGCUUUACCCCAUCGUAGUUGUACGAGUAGGUUAGCACAUAAGGAUCUAUCGUACGUUGCGAAUGCUUACACUCGAGUAUAAAGCGCAGUAUAAUAGAAAGAAAGAGAAAAAGUAAGUGAAAAAAGGCGAACGACAAUAUGUUCCUAAUCGAGCCUAAACUGUUGGCCGUGAACCGCGAACGCAAGACAGGAAAAUUUAAGCGAAAAUGCGGUACUGCACAUACACACACAAACACACGUCUGGUACGUCAUACAUAGUCGCGCACCAGGAGAGCUACAUUACAAUAUCGUCAUUUUCGGCCUUUCUUCUGUUCUUCCCCCGUUAUGCUCCUAACGCCCAUGUUAAAUCGUUUCGCUUCUCUCUCAAGCCUCACCGCGAGAGAUAAUAAUGAUUACUUUAUCUGUACGGUUACCAACAUAGAUAGGCGCACAUGUACUUGGCUCGUCCGAACGAUCAAUAAGCGCAUGGAGCUGUUGACUGCGCUUCUUCUUACGUUUUCAAGCAUCUAUUAAACUUGUCGCGCACUGUUUACGAUAUGCAGUUAACGCGGAGGAGUAUGUGUGUGUUCAAAGCCAUACAGUGUAUUCGCGAUCGCUUCUGGCUUUUGCGUAUUAUUCUGCUACGGAUUUUACCCGAUGUCUCAUAUGUUUACUCGGAGAAUUUUAGAGGAAUCUGAUGCUGCAAUUCUAUAAAAGCUUGCGUUACGUAUACUCGUAUUUUUUUUAUUUGCAAGAAUAAUGUUGAAGAACUUUAUGCAUUUUUAUUUUGCGGCGAACUGCGAAAUUAAAUAUGCUUAAUACUAAAUACGAUAAAUGCUUCUAAGCGCUCUUUGUUGCAGUGUAAUCGUGUAAAUUAUCGUUUUCGCAUAGUAAGAUAAACAAAAUUAGCUCGAUGUAUAUAGUUGGUUUUGGGUCUGUUUUAAAACCUGCUAUAUAAGGCUUAAAAAUUGUUACAAAAACAAAUGAUUUGAAUAUUCACGUCAGCUGAACGGUUCGAACUGUGACAUGCAUUUUGCUCUGAAUAUUUUUAGUAGAGCAACUAGAGAAAAUGAGACUUCGCGUAUUCCGAUAACCUCGUUAGAUAUAUUGCGAUUGAGUUUUCCGUUUUCAGAUAGAACUUUCUUUCGCCCUAUUAACAUGCUUCCAGCUUGUGAAUUCUGUUUCGAAUAUUGUGCAUUUAUAACCAAUAAUGCGAUUUUUUUUAAAUUUCUUAUCGUUGCUUCUCAAGUGCGAAAGAGAACUUGAUCGUCGCAAACAUUGUCACAAAUAGAUAAUACACCGAAACCAUUAGUUUUCAAGGUGUGUUUAACAUACAGAAAGGUGUUGUUCGAAAUUAUAAUAAGAAAAGCAUAUAAUAUCCUGUUUCGACGAGAAAUAUAUAAUAGCGAUAAUAAAAAAAAUAUAUAUCGAAAUAAGUGCGAACAAUCUAAAAACAAAAAAGGCAGCACAAAACAAUGAGAAAUCUAAAAUACGCUUAGAAGAAAAUAAGAACCUAAUAAUCAGCAGAAAUAAUCCGAGAAGCGCUAUAAUAUAGAGGAAUUUUAUCAUCGAGAGAAAAAAAAUAUAUAUAAUUGAUCACUUAUCAUUGUGUUCGGUAGACCAAAGUGAAAAGAAAUCGACGUCCGAUUACGAGAACUUUUAAACAUACAUAAAGUAUAUAUUUACAAAAGAUCUAUCGAUGUUAAGGGUGUGUAUAAAAGAUAAAGCGCGAGCGAGUGUAUGGGUCGAUGAAUAUACCUUAACUAACAACAAGAAAAAAAUAUUAUAUAUGCGAUUUUAGAGAAGAGACCUCUUGACGCCUAGAGUAUAAACAGUGUAUUUGUGUUUUAACGUCGAACUAAACAAGUAUCUGCGAAGCGUUAUAUACCUGCACGUGAAUAAUUCAAAAAUGUAUUCACGCGUCGGGAUAUCCGAAGAGUUAUCGUACGAAUUAACAAAAAAAUAUUAAUAACAUUAAAAACUUAUUUGAUUUAAUUUUAAUUUAUAUGAAACACCACACACUGCGACUUUGUAAAUAGACUUUUAAAGCUCGUAUAAUUGAAGAAGCGCAUUGAGAGGUUAAGAAUAAAACGAAGAAAUUCUGCAAGAGGAAAAGCUGUCCAAGUGUUAUUGCCCUAUCUUAUCAUUUUUCUUUUAUAGAUAAUGCAAAUAAGUAUUAAAAAUGAUACGCUUCCUUA